CAAUUUUGAAGGGCUGUUGCAGUCUCAUAUUUACGGUAAUAAAUAUUGACGUCACGAAUUGAACGGAAGUGCGAUUGAAAUUGCGCACGCAUCUCCUACUUCACACAUUGUUGCCAUUUAUCAACAUUACGGAUUGCUUUUGCACGUUAGUUUGUAAAUUGUAGACUAUUGACUUCAAACAGAGAGUACAAAUCUGUCAUUUGGGUUUGACAAGAUGGCCAGCUGCAGUUUUCAGUCGCAGUUGGUAUCCAUUAUGGAGGUAUUAGCUAAAGCAGCUGUAGCAGAAAUAAACAAACGUGUAGAUGAUAGCUGUGCCAUUAUACGUUUGGAAAUGACCCAAAGCCAACGAGAUAUUGAUGUACUGAAAAGGAAGUGUCGAAUGAUGGAGAGCGAGCUGAAGAAGACACAAGGACUAGACAGGAGAAAAGUUUUUUACCCCAUGUCAACAGAGAGAUUGUCAUAUCCAGUCAAGAUUGUUUUGAACAAGGAAAGGAGUAGCUCACAGUGGAGAGGCAGAGAUGACUCUCAGUGCCAGCCUACAGAUGUGGAGCAGAGAGAGGAUACUGAACCCAUACUGAUCAAAGAUGAGGAGACAGCAGAGGACGUGUGGAAGACUGACCAUCAGGAAGAGCUCAGGGUCACUGGAGAGGAGUCUGGUUCCAAGCCUGAGCAACCACUAUCUUUUGAGCAACGGCACUGUAAUGAAGACUUCAUCACACAACCCAACAUAUCUCCUGAAGACUCAGUGAAACGUUACCUCAAUUCUGAUAUUCCAGAGGAACCAGGCACACCCCGGCUCAUGUCUACAGAGAUCUCAGAGGUGUUCAGCACAGAACAGCACCGGUCAGCCGAGGACAAGGACUCACUAGACCUAGUGAUGGUAAAGGAUGAGAAAGAGGAGGCGCUGGAUCAGACCACGGCCCUGGCAGGACCUGACCAGUUUGUUAUGGAUGAGACUGAUGGGCAGCUGUGGACCUCUGUGGAUCCAGGCAGAGACACUGACCCUGAUGGCCACCCAGAUUUCUCCUUUCAUGCCACAGAAGAGUACUCUCAGAAUAUCUCAAUUUUCCCAUCUCAUAGUGGGUUGCCAUCCGUUCCUACUAUGACAGAUGAUGUAGGGCCAUCGCUUCACUCUUCUAUAGUGAAACCACAUGCUAACAUGUUCAGUGCAACAGCACACAUGAAAAGACAUGUCAGGACAUUGGCUGAUGAGACUAGACAACAGAUGCCAGAGGGAGAGAGCAGUGAGAGGCUGAACUCAAAUAAUGAAGGAAAUAGUUCAGCUCUACAGCCAAGGCAGCAUCAAUACGGGGCUUCAGAAUCAACAGUGAGAAUGAGUGAGUGCAUGACAGGGUCAAACAUGGCCUCCACCUUCUCUGGAUACAGCCUGAGUCGCAGUAGUUUUAACAUGGUGAAGAGAAUGAGGACUCAGUGGAGGUCGGGCGGCCCCACCGAGAGGCGUUUCAGCUGCACCUUCUGUGAGAAGAGCUUCCCACGUUUCUGGCAGCUCAAAGAACACCUCCGGAGUCACACCGGAGAGAAACCGUACACCUGUGAACAGUGUGGCAGGAGUUUCACCAAGCAGUGCAACUUGAUCCGACAUGCUGUGGUCCACAGCGGGGAGAAGCCAUAUGAGUGCACACAGUGUGGGAAAUGCUUUACCCAGCGUUCCGGUAUGAAGUCACAUCAGAGAACUCACAUAGGAGAGAGUCCAGUGUCUCAGUACGUGGUACCCACAUACCCUGGGGAUCCACACACACGUUUAGUGUAGUCUCAGACCAGAUGGAACAAAUAGUUCAUAAUUACAUAGUUUUUUCUGAAACACUUUUUAUGUGACAAUGUGGUACAGAAUGUUUUUUGAGACAUUUUGACAAGCUUUUCCUCCCAAUUGAUUUGUGAAAUGGUUUUCAUGUUUGAUUGUUAAAGGAUCCUCACUUUUAUUUUAAUAACCUAUUUAUUUACAGCUGGUAACAUUGUGUAUUUCUACCACAAAAUCAUAAAAAACAUGUUAUAGUCAAUAAAAUUGAUUUAA